AUGUGGAACCACUGGAGUGACGUUACGAAGAAAAUUAGGGACAUCGCCGCCGAGAUUACCCAGCCCAUCAGCGAGGAAUCGGAGAGCGCUCAGGAUGAGGGUCGACUAUUAGGCAGAGGGACAUUUGGAACGUGUGAGGUGCCACAUGCGGCGGCGCGCACUCCGCGGUUCCCACCAGCAAAUAGUGACUCGUUUCAAAAACAGGGUGGCAAUUCAUUGACGUCACGACCACCGGGGUCCGCUGCUCCACCAGUUCGUCGUGCGGCUCCAUCGGAUGUUAGCAUGUCGCCACCGUCACGUCUUGGCACCUCCACUACACAUGAUAGCAGCAGCGAGCGGAAUCACCCCUCCGUGAAUUCGGCUGCAGAAAAAGCGUUACAAACCCCCUAUGAGGAAGGCGACACGGCACCUGUGCCAGCAUCCCAGUCACCAGCGGGAACACGGAAUGGAAGUGAGGUGCAUCGUAGCAUGGAGGAGGGUAUGGCGGAAUUGGAGCUGCAGGUGCAGCGCCUCUCCGAGGAGAAAAGGCACAUCGAGCAACAGGUCCUUGCAUACCAGGAGGAGGUGACGGAGGCGCACAGGAAAACGGUUGGGUACUAUGAAAACAAAAUGGCGACGCUGCAACAAAGCAUCAAUUUGGAGAAGGUACUAAAGGAGGAACUUGCAGAACUGCUCUCACAACGUGAAAAGGAGUGUAACGAGCUUCGGGGUGAUGUUCAGGCACUGCAAGAACAGGUGGAGAAACUCACUCAGGAGGCUGCCAUGAUGAAGGUGGCGCAUGAUGAGGUAAAGCAAAAGUUAGCUUGUAGGGAAGAGGAGUGUUUGAGCGCAAGGCAACAAUUCGAAUCAUUGCAGGAAAUGCAUGAUGCUUUGCUGGAGCGGCUGGAGCGUGCAAAUAAGGAUAAACCUCCCAUUGCUUUCGUUUCUACUGCUCACUCGGCCCCACAUAUCAGCCAUGAUAUUACCUCGGCAAUGGCUGCUGGUGAUAUUACAGUGGUGGAACUUCGUCAACGGAUUGAGGCAAUGGAGGAGGAAAAACUUAUUAUGGUGCGUGAGAAGGAGCAACUGGCAGUGUUGCUGCAGGAAGAACGGCGCAACCACCGCGCGACGGUGCAGGAAACGGAUCAAAUAUUGUCCCACGACCGGGAGCAGGCGCAGAGGCUAACAGAGCUCAUUAAUCAGCUUGAGAACAAUCGACAGCAGCAGCGAGAGAAUGAUAUGACGGCGGGAGAAGAGCGGCAGUGGCAAGGGUUGUCGCGGCAUGAGGAAGUGAAGGACGAACCUGUGACUAAAACGGAAGCGUCCGCCGCGACGGGCAACGAAUCCUGGGAAACAGUGAUCUCUUCGUUAAGGGAAGAAGUAGCGGCGUUGAAGUUGCAGUUGGAUGCAGCCAAACAGGAGGGUGAAGAGGCCGCGCGGCGCGUGGAAGUGGCGCUUGACGAAAAACAUGCGCAGGCACUGACAUUGCUUGGGGCCCAAGAGGAGCGAAACGCGUACGGCGUGGUAGAGGAACUUCAACAGGAGCUGAAAGCCGCCCAGCAGCAAGCAUGUGAUGCGGACAGACAACGUGAGAGGCUGCAGGAGGAGGUGCAGCAGCUUCACAAUCGCCUCAAGGAGGCUCAGUCCCACGCGGAAGCACUCUCUGGUAAGUUGACCACAGCGGAGGCACGUGCGGAGGCUCUGCAGUCUAGUCUACAAGAGGCGCGACGUGCGACGGAGGGGCAUGAGGCCUCACUUGUCAGUGCCCUCACCACUCGCAAGAAGGAACUCGAGGUAUCAUCUGCACGAACGGCGGAGCUCAUGCAGCAGCUGGAGCAUACAAUUACGGAUUGCCUUGUGCGUGCAGGCACGGAUUUGCCAUCGCACCGCGACGGCACCUGGGCUUCGUUCUCGGACAAGGUGACGCUUCUUGCAAGUGAGUUUAAUCACAUUUUUUGUUCAAAUCAAAAGGCGGCGCAGCUGCAGAAAGAGUGGGAACGAACAUAUGAGCAGGCGCGGGGAGUGAAUGCGACACUCUCACAGCAGGUGAGCGAGGCCUGGAAAAACAUUGGAAACCUACGUGAGGAUCUUUCCCUGCGGGAACAGUCUAUUGCAAAACUGAAACAGCAGGUUCAGGCGGAGUCGCAGCAACACCUUGAUGUACAGCAUACGCUUGUGGGCGUCACAAAUGAACUACAGGUUCUUAAGGAAGAAAAAAAGGCCUGGGAAGCACGCAUUGGUGUCUCUAGUUCUGGAGAAGCAGCUCACCAGGAACAGCUGGCGCAGCUGGCUGCGGAUGUUGAAACACUGCGAAGAACCUUGCAGGAUAGGGAUGAAGAGUUGUCGCAUGCGCAACGUAGUUUAGAGACGCUUCAGCAAGUACUUGACACCUUCACCAAGAACAAGACGCGUGACGUGGAAGAGCGGACAGCUGACAUGCAAAUUGAGAUUGAUCAGCUUCGGACACAAGUGCUAGAGGCUGAGGAGCGACAACACCACCAUCAGGAGGAUAUUGAUGCAAUUAUUGCAACCCAUCGGCGAGAGGUAGCGGCAAAGAAUUUGGAAAUUACUUCUCUUCAUCGCAAACACGCGGAACUUCGAAAGGCGCUAGAUGAAACGGCACGACAGUUAAGUGGGAUGACGAUGAUAGACAAACGCGUCAUUAGUCACCUCACAGUGAAUUUUAUCCAUGCAUUUGUAGGUCACCGGCGUGAGGCGGAUGAAAUGCUCAAGGUUUUAGGUGGUCUGCUGAACUGGGAUGAGGAGAUGCAGGAAAAGGCGGGUCUCCUACCAGGUCCCAGUAAUCCAAAGCCCGGCCAUCAAGGAAAACGUGGUGGACUCAUUGGAGGCUUGGUAAAAUCUGUGUGGGGAGGUUCUGGCCGCACAACAGCAAAGGGAACUGGCACCAGCGGCACGUCGCCGAGCAUCGCAGAGUUAUGGGUGGAGUUUUUGAUGCGGGAAAGCGAGGCGGAGACAACUCAGGCAGAGGUGGUGCCAGUGGAUUCUUCCGCUUCACAAACGGAGGAAGUGGUAGUUGUGGAAGGGAAACAGCAGUUGCGGUAA